AGUGAAUUAGGGUUGGGAUGAACGAAGGAAAUAGAAUGGAAGAUGGUGACAACGUAUGGGUGGAUUCAGGAGUACCUAUACAGAGUGGUGUGCAAAGGAUUCAGAGGACAUCAAAGCUUCCUGUGAAGAGAAAGAUGGAUUCUUUACCGGCUCCAAUUAGGGUACCAUUCUAUGAAUCUAGCAUAGAUGAAAGAACAAAUAGUGAUGGUUUUGGUGAUAUAUUCAUUGAAUUACCUCCACUGAACAACUCUCUGAAUGUGCCAAAUGUAGAGGAUAGCUCACAGUUUUAUGAAGGUAUCCAAUUUGAGCAAAUUAUUGAUGGACUAGAUGGGUAUGAUCUGAAUGAAUCAGAUGAUAUGAAUGCAUCAGAUGAGGAAUUACAUGACUGUAGUUCUUAUACAGAAGAAGGGAGUGAUAGGGAUGAUGUACAAGGCACAACAAAUGGGGAGAAUAUAGGUGAGGUGUUGAAUGGUAUGCCACAGAAAGCUUAUGACUGCAAUGAGGAAGCUUUUAUUGGAUCAAGUUCUGUGCAAUGGGAAGACCAAUUAGACUUGGCAAUCGGAAAACAAUGGGUCACUAUGGAUGCAUGCAGAAAGUACAUUAGAAUGUAUGCCAUCAAGAAUAAAUUUGAGAUCAUAUUUCAGAAAAAUUGUGCAGAUAAGCUGAUUUUGAGAUGUAAAGGGGAAAGCUGUCCUUGGAGGUGUUAUGUAAUUAGAAAAAAUGAUGGGCACACAACUGAAGUGAAGUCUCUCCAAGAAGAACAUAAUUGUGAGAAUGAUGGCAGGAACAAGAAUAGAGGGGCAAAUGCUAGAUGGAUUGCUACUAUGCUGGCUGAGGAUAUGAGACUGCACCACAACAGUUACACACCCCAAGAUAUCAUUGCUAUAGCUUGGAAUAGGUGGACUUUAAACAUUAGUUACUGGCAAGCAUGGAAUGCUAGGCUAAUGGCACUUGAAGAGCUGCAUGGCAAUUAUGAGAAAAGUUAUACUAAAGUUCCUGAAUUGUGCAGACAGAUUCUAGCUUCCAAUCCUGGUAGUUUGGUUGAGUGCAAAUAUGACUCUGACAAUAAGUUUCAGUAUUUAUGUGUUGCUUUUAGGUGUAGCUUGGAAGGGUGGAGGACUGGCUGUAGGCCACUAGUAGGGUUGGAUGGUUGCUUCCUAAAAGGAAAAUAUAGAGGAGUGUGCUUAGCAGCUAUUAGCAUGGAUGGGAAUAAUGGACUGUUUCCUCUAGCAGUCUUCAUUUGUAGAAAAGAAGAUGGUGAGAAUUGGGACAAGUUUUUGGCAUUAAUAGCUCCGGAGCUGAAGAAACACCCUUUGCCACUUACUGUCACAUCUGAUAGGGCUCAAGCUAUUAUAACAAGUAUUCAGACACAUUUGGGAGGCUGCAAUCCUAGGAGCUGCUUUAGACACAUCUUCAAGAAUAUGAGUAAGUGGUGGAAAGGGGAACACAUAAAGGAACUGGCCUGGGAUACUGCUUCAGCAUAUAAAAAGGUUCACUUUCAAAGAUGUCUUCAGAAGUUGGAUGAAGCUGCAGUUGGUAUCAAGGAGUAUUUGUUGGAGAUAGGUCCAGAGUUAUGGUCAAGAGCACAUUUUGAUACAACUUGUAAGAGUGAUCACCUGACAAAUAACUUCACAGAGAGCUAUAACAGUUUUAUAUUAAGCCAAAGGGAUAAACCUGUGUGUUCAAUGAUAAUAGGUAUAUCAUUCCUUUUAAUGAAGAUUAUGUAUGAUAGGAAAGUUCAAAGUAGUACUUGGAAUGAGAAUGAUGUUGUACCUAGGGUAGGUAGCAUCCUGGCAGCUUAUAAAGAGAAGCAAAAUGAUUAUGUCACUUGCCCUUCAGGUGAAGGGACAUUCUGUGUGAGAAAAUUUACCGGGGAACAUUGGAUUAUUAACUUAAACAAACAAGAGUGUGAGUGUUGUGAGUGGCAGGUCACAGGCAUCCCAUGUGUACAUGCAGUGCAUUUGAUUAGCCAUUUGAGACUUCCACUACCUCAAUUUUGUAGUCCAUUACUACAUGUGAAGGCCUACAAAGCAUGUUAUCAAACUAAUAUCAAACCAAUAUCACAUGAAAGUGAUUGGCCAGAGGGAAAUGAACUUCUACUGCCCCCUAAGCUUUCGAGAGCCCCCGGGAGGCCUAAAAAUAAUAGAGUAAAGGGGCAUGAUGAGACAGAAACACAAGGCAGUAGUCAGAAGAAGUGCACCAAGUGCCAAUCUUUUGGGCACAACAAAAGAUCAUGUCAAGGAGGGCCAGUUGCUAGAGGUGGUGGGAGAGGUGCUACAGGUGGUGCAAGGGCUGAUGGAAGGGCUGGUUCAAGGGCAGGUGCAAGGGCUGGUUCAAGGGUAGGUGCAAGGGC